AUGGCUGGUCCAGUUGAUAUCACCUCUGUCCCCCAAACUCCGCCUCAAGCGGCAGCCAAGUCUCCCAACAACCUUGAUCCCAAGGACAACGAAUAUCUUCUGGGCAAGUCCCCCGCUGACUCUGGCGUGUGGGGCAUGUCUGGGAACUCUGUGAGAUCUCCGACUCCGUCUACCCCUGGAAGGGUCGACGUCGAAGUGGACUCGGAUGAAGAGGGUAGCUUCUGGCAAAGCGCUCAGACUCUUGCGUCCCAGAAAAGCUUUCCCAAGAAGUCUGUGGUUGAGGAGACUCCGGUCAAGACUGGGAAGACUGUCGAUGCUGAGAUCAUGCCCGAGGAUCCGUUCGACAACCCGUAUAACAGGAUCCUGUUUGACGCCAUCGACAAGCUUCAGUCUUUUGGCUCGAGGGGCCUUAGAACCCCCCAGCUCGUCAUUGUCGGUGGUCAAUCGUCGGGCAAGUCUUCACUCUUGCAAAGCUUGACCGGCAUCCCGUUCCCAGUCAACAGUGGCUGUUGCACCCGCUGGCCGACUCGCAUCGUUUCUAGACGUACAGGACCCGGCAGCAAAGACUCGUUCCGCAUCAGCAUUGAGCCACCUGAUGUGUACGUUCCUGGCAUGAAACCGGCCUCUGAAGAUAUCAGCAGCUACUCGCACCAAGGAAAUACCUUGACCAAGGACGAGUUUGUCAAAACUAUCGAUGAAGUCUCGGAUCGUAUGGGAAUUUCCCCAGGAACAGGCCGAGGUGCCAAGAACUUUGCCUCUGAAGUCUUCAAGAUUGAGCUGUCUGGGCCAAACCGGUCCUAUUUCAGCAUUCUCGACCUUCCUGGAACCUUCAAGAACUCUGUCAAGGUCAACGAACAGGAUCCAAUCCUGGUCGAAGAAAUGAUCAUCGAGUACAUGAAGAAUCCUGACAACAUUGUCAUUUGUGUUUUGGAUGCGCCAACAGACUUUUACCGUCAGGACGCUUUUACACUGGCUUCUGAAUAUGUUUCUGACCAAGAGCGUCUUGUGGGAGUCUUUACCAAGUGUGACAUGAUUCAGAAUGAGCCUGACGCGGCGAAAGAGAUUGUUAAUAUUGCCACCAAUGACUCUUUGAGUGACUCUGGCCAUCUCCGCAAAGGCUGGUUUCUUGUCCGAAACCGUGCUAGCAAGGACGGGGACUCAUUUGAUCUGAAGGCGGCUGAGGAGAGUCUAUUCAGGUCAGCUCCUUGGAACAGGGCCCCUCAGAACCGCCUGGGAUCUACCGCUUUGAAGACGUAUCUUGGACAUGUUCUCAGCUCCAAGAUCCGCGACUGCUUUCCCGAGCUGUGUGCCGAAAUCGAGUCGACGCUGAAUCAGAAGGUUGCAGAAAAGCAGAGCUUGGGUGAACCUCGAGACACCCACGCCGCCAAGCAACAGUACGCCAUGAGCACUGUCAGCAAGUUCAAGGCGAUGGCCGAUUUGGCACUGGAUCGCCCUGAAGAGCUGCCCGAAGAUGUCACACCACUGCUCUGGGAAGUUAGAGAACUUGACCAAAACUUUGACGACUUUAUGAGAGCUAAGGGAGGCAAGUGGGGCUUUGCAGAUGCUGACGUUGAUCCUUAUUCCAAGAUAGCUGAGGCUCUAGGCCAAGAGUCGAAGCCAUCGUCGGCCUCGCACGUGGCUCCCAAGCUGCCUGCUAGCCUGGAAAAGAAGUUCCCCAACUGCUCUUUCGUCCAGGACUCGGGGGAUCUCAUGAAAGCGAUUGAGGUGCAACUCGCCCAAUACCAGGCUGCUCAACUGCCGGGAAUCAUCAACCCGGUCGUGUAUCCCAAGAUGUAUCAGAUGCAGGUGGAGAAGUGGGAGAGGAUCACACACCGGUACCUGUUCCUCGUGCGCGAGGCAAUUCAGCGCUGCUACAUGUCCAUCCUAGACUUUAUCUGUCCUUCUCAUGGCGAGUCAAACACGCUUCGGAAGGAACUGGAAAGUGUCCUGGAGAGAAUCUUAACCGAGUCCUACGAGGCGGCCGAGGCCCAUCGCGAGGAGGCGUGCGGAAACGAGACCAAGUGCAACCAACUCCAAACGACGGCGCCCCGAUUCAGCGAGCAGGUCCUUGGGUGGCGGCAGUUAAGGUUCUUUCAGGGGAUGCGGGCUGCCCAGGCAGCUGAUCUAGACGAGGCUGAGAGGCUUGUAGCGUUUGUCAACUACUUUCAACUUGCGCACCCGAGCCUCCAGAAGAACAUGGCCAACGAUGUCCACGACGUCUUGAAGGUUUACUACGAGAUCGCCUUGGAUGCCUUUAUUCGAAACAGGACUCAAUCAGUCUUCAAUGGCUUUGUUAACAAUAAGAAUGGUCCGAUAAAGGCGCUCAACACCGAAUGGGUCCUCAGACUGAGCCAGGAGGAGCUGGAUGCUCUGUGCAGGGAGGACGAAAGGAUUGUUGAGAGGCGGAGUGUGCUUAAGAAUGAGAUUCAGAGGCUGCGAGGGGCUUUGGCCAUUGUUGAUAGGGCGAGGCAGCAGACGGCUGGUCUGGAGAAGUAUUAG